ACUGUCAGGAUUCACGCAUGGGCAGUUGAGGAGGUCCAAGCGGUGGCUGGCCCUGGAGCUAGAGCUGAUGUGAACCUGAGUCGCAGCAACUAGGAGCUGUCAGGAGGCCGGGCCACCAAGCUCCUCCCAGUACCUCCUGCACAGCAACACGAGGAAGGCAGGGUCGAGCCUAAAGGUAGAUUUUAAGAGUCCGUAUGCUCAACCCACGUCUGAGUUACUCUAUCCCUGGGGGGAAACGACUGUCCGGAAGCCUGCGGUGCUAGGAUCUGAUUCGCGCUGGUAGCAGUGCUGCUCCCAGGACUCCGGGUACCAGAGAGUCAGCGCAGUGACCAGAACAUUGAACCGAAGGCACUGCUCAGCUCCCAAGAUGGUGCCACUCAAACUGCAUGUGCUUUUCUGCCUCCUCUGCUGCCUCCCACGGGUGCAUCCUUUUCACUGGCAAGACCUGUCUUCUUUUGACGUCAGGCCAUCAGUAAUGUUUCAAAAGCUCCAAUCGGUGAUGUCUGCUGCCAGCUCUGGCCAUAGUAAAUUCCCCAAAGGAAAUGGAUCUUAUCCGGUCGGUUGUACAGACCUGAUGUUCGGUUAUGGGAACGAGAGCAUCUUCUUGCGUUUGUACUACCCAGCUCAAGAGCAAGGUCGCCUCGACACUGUUUGGAUCCCAAACAAAGAAUAUUUUGGGGGUCUUAGUAUAUUUCUUGGAACACCCAGUAUUGUAGGCGAUAUUUUGCACCUCUUAUAUGGUUCGCUGACAACUCCUGCAAGCUGGAAUUCUCCUUUGAGGACUGGAGAAAAAUACCCACUAAUUGUCUUUUCUCAUGGUCUCGGAGCCUUCAGGACAAUUUAUUCUGCUAUCGGCGUUGGCUUGGCAUCUAAUGGGUUUAUAGUGGCCACUGUCGAACACAGAGACAGGUCUGCAUCAGCAAGUUACUAUUUUGAAGACCAGGCUGCUGCAAAAGUGGAAAACAGGUCUUGGUUUUACCUGAGAAAGAUGAAACAAGAAGAGUCGGAACGAAUUCGGAAAGAGCAGGUUCGGCAAAGAGCAAAAGAAUGUUCCCAGGCUCUCAGUGCGCUUCUUGACAUUGAGCAUGGAAACCCAAGAGAGAACGUGCUAGGUUCAGCUUUUGAUGUGAAACAGCUGAAGGAUGCUAUCGAUGAGAAUAAGAUAGCUGUGAUCGGACAUUCCUUUGGAGGAGCGACAGUUAUCCAAACCCUUAGUGAAGAUCAUAGAUUUAGAUGUGGGGUGGCCCUGGAUCCAUGGAUGUAUCCUUUGAGUGAGGAGCUAUACUCCAGAGUCCCACAGCCUCUCUUCUUUGUCAACUCUGCUGAAUUCCAGACUCCAAAGGACAUCGCAAAAAUGAAAAACUUCUACCAGCCUGGCAGGGAAAGGAAAAUGAUUACAAUCAAGGGCUCAGUGCACCAGAAUUUUGCCGAUUUUACUUUUGUAACUGGCAAAAUAAUUGGAAAAAAGCUGACACUGAAAGGAGAAAUAGACUCUUGUGUGGCCAUCGACCUCACCAACAAAGCUUCUCUGGCUUUCUUACAAAAGCAUUUAGGACUUCAUAAAGACUUUGAUCAGUGGGACUCUCUGGUAGAAGGAGAUGAUGAGAACCUGAUCCCUGGGUCACCUUUUGAUGCAGUCACCAAGUCCCCGGAUCUGCAACACUCUCCAGGAUCACACACCCAGAAUUAGAAGACCUUGUUACAAAGUUGCCUUUUGAAAUGUGAGAGAGAAAGAGAGAGAGAGAGAGAGAGAGAGAGAGAGAGAGAGAGAGA